CCUCCAGUCUAUCUGGAAAAAGAAAAAAAAACUUUUUGUAUCGAAGGAAUCAACAGCCGCCAUCUUGUCGCGGCUCAGAAUCAGGAUUUCGGCGGAGCAUUAUUUUAUAUUUUCAAACGAAGCAUCCGGAAUUACAUCCAACGACACUGUUGAUCCAAAAACGAAGCACUUAAAUCGUUCAGAAGAUUAUUUUGUGCAAAAACCGUGGAUUUAAUCGGCGUUCGUCGGCCAGAAAGCCCUCGUAUAUCUGAUUUCCCCUUCAGAGAGCGGCGCUUCUGUCCAUAUCUCCGUUCUGAGCCGUAUUGUUUACCGGGAGCUGUCGGAGAAGAGACAGCGGCUUAGACCCGUUUUUGCAAAAAUAUAUCAUUUUUAUGCAGUUAUGCGCUUUUAUGUGGACUUAAACGGAUUUUGCACGGAUUUUUUUGACGUCAGAAAAAUUGGUUGUUUGGUGAUGCACAUUUAACGACUCCUGGGUAAACGGGCAACGACAAAUGCCGAUAUAUUUUAAUUUAUUUUUAGUCGUAUUUUUGGUUCGAAAGGAAGUCUUUUUGAUAAUAUAACGAUGAUAAUGUGGGUGUUGGGUGUUGGAUUAUCAUGGGGUGAAUGGCGGUGGCGAAGCGGGGCGCUGUUGUUGCUUUUUUGAAAUUCUCACUUGCUGAUAGCAAGUAAGCUAAUUAGCGAGUUAGCUGCCUAGCUAUUUGCUAAUCGUGCGAGAAAGAAAGGUUGUGGUUGGGGGGGGUGGGGGGUUUGUCUGAAUAACUUUUUUCUGUCACGUGGAUUUUCCUUUCUUUUUUGAAUAAUUGAUCAGAAGUAACUCUAAACUACUGCAAUGGCUGAAAAUCUGCUCGACGUUGGACCUCCCAACCCCAAACGACCGAAGCUGAAUACACCUGCUCUUUCCGCCUCUGACGGUCCAGACCUGGGCUCGCUGUCCUGGGACGACCUGGAGAACGACCUCCCCGAUGAGCUCAUCCCCAACGGCGGCGACCUGGGAGGCCUGCUGCCCUCCUCCAACGGGGGCGGCUCCGGGACAGCCGGUCCUGGAGGAGGUGGAGGAGGAGGACCAGGGCCUGGAGGAGGGGGCCUGGGGGGCCUGGGGGGCAUGAUGCCCGACGCGGCCGCCAAACACAAGCAGCUGUCCGAGCUCCUCCGUGCGGGCAGCAGCGCCGCCGGCGGAGGCCCCGGCAUGGGCGCCGGCAAUACCCCACCAGGAGGAGCGGGAGGUCAGCUGGGAGGCCUAGGCAAGAGCCCCCUGGGCGCCCACGGCUCACCCCAGCACUCCUCGCCCCAGCAGCCCAACAAGCCCGGUCAGGCCGGGGUUAAUAACGCAGUCCAGGCGGGCAACGCGGGUGGUGCCGCGAACAACAACGGAGGCGCCAUGGGCAUGAACGCUGUGGCUGCCGCCGGGUUCAACCAGGCUCUGAUGAACAGCGGGCCGGCUGGGCACGGCAUGCAGGGCCAGGUGCUGAACGGGACACUGGGGCCGGCUGGAAGGGGCCGAGGAGGGCCCCUGCAGCAGUACCAGGCGGCGCAGCAGGCAGCAGCGGCUGUGGGAGCGGCGGCGGCGGCAGCAGCAGCAGCAGCCGGGAACGCGGCACCAGGCAGCGCGCUUGCUGAGACGCUCACGCAGGCCGCACUCAACGCCCAGCAGGCCAACAACAUGAACAAGAUUGGUAUGCCGGGUGGUGGUAGUCCGUUUGGACAGGCCUACGGGCAGGGAGCUGGGCAGCAGCUGGGUGCUGGCGGAGUGAACGCUGCGCUCCAGAACAGCCUGCCCGCUAACGUGGCCAACCUGGCCCAGUUGCAGCAGCAGGCCUCCCCUCAGCAGCAGCAGGUGGGCAUGGUGACCCAGCAGCAGGCCGUCCAGCAGCAGCAGCAGCAGAUGGGGCUGGUGGCAAGCGGGCCGGGCGGCGCCGCUGGCGUACCGGGAGCGGCGGGCGCGGUGGGGGGCGUGGCCACGGGCCCCACGGCCGACCCGGAGAAGCGCAAGCUGAUCCAGCAGCAGCUGGUCCUGCUGCUGCACGCCCACAAGUGCCAGCGGCGUGAGCAGGCCAACGGGGAGGUGCGGGCCUGCGCCCUGCCGCACUGCCGCACCAUGAAGAACGUCCUCAACCACAUGACCCACUGCCAGGCCGGCAAGACCUGCCAGGUGGCUCAUUGUGCGUCCUCCAGGCAAAUCAUCUCUCACUGGAAGAACUGCACGCGGCACGACUGUCCCGUCUGUCUGCCGCUCAAGAACGCCAGCGAUAAGCGCAACCCGCAGCCCAUGCUGAGUCCGCCCAACGUGGGUCUGCCCAGCGCCAUGGCUGCGGUGGUGGGGGCACCGGGCCAGCAGGCGGCGCCCGCCAUCAACAGCUCCACCACCACCAUCGACCCCAGCUCCAUGCAGCGGGCCUACGCCGCCCUGGGCCUGCCCUACAGCAACCAGCAGCCCGGCACCACCCCGAACCAGACGCCCGGUCAGACGCCCCACCAGCAGCAGCUACGGCCCAUCAACGCACUUGGGGGCCCCAAUCAGAUGACCAUUGGGGGUGGGUCGAUGGGCGUGGGCUCGUCCGACCAGACCAAUCUGCACUCAGACUCAUCACUGCCGUCCACGCUCAAUCCCAACAAUCAACUGAUGCCUACCGACUCGGGCGUGGGUGCGACGGCCGCCCCUCUGUCGGGCACGGGGAUGCGCAAGGCGUGGCACGAGCACGUCACUCAGGACCUGCGCAACCACCUGGUGCACAAGCUAGUUCAAGCCAUAUUUCCAACACCAGACCCUGCUGCCCUGAAGGACCGGCGCAUGGAGAACCUGGUGGCCUACGCACGCAAAGUGGAGGGAGACAUGUACGAGUCCGCUAACAGCAGGGAUGAGUACUACCACUUCCUGGCGGAGAAGAUCUACAAGAUCCAGAAGGAGCUGGAGGAGAAGCGGCGAUCGCGGCUAGCCAAGCAGCCUCCCAACCGGCCACCGAAUGGACCUAUGCCUAUGCCCAAUGUGCCAAAUCAGAUCAUGAACCGCAUGCAGGUGUCUCAAGGGAUGAACCAGUUCAACUCCAUGCCGAUGCAGAAUGUGCAGCUGACGCCGGCGCCCAUCGCGGCCCGCGCCGCCUCGCCCAUGAACCACCCACCUCAGAUGAACAUCAACUCCGUCCCGGUGGGCAUGUCCCCGACGCGGAUGCCCCAGGGCCAGGCCAUGAUGGGGGGCCACGCGGGCGCCAUGGUGGGCCAGACGGCCAAUCAGACGCAGUUAUUCAACGCUAACGCGGCCAUGACGGCCACCGUGGGCCUGGGCCAGACCACCGGACAGGCAGCCGUCACGCAGCUGACCCAGACGGGUGCCAGCGUGGAUAACCGGGUGCCCACCCCGGCCUCCACUGCCAGCGCUGACAUGCACUCGCAGCAUGCGCUGGCGGACCUGCCCGUGACGGCCAGCGAGCCCAAGGCCGAGCCCACGCGGCACGACGAGCAGGACUACCAUCCAGGCGCCGGAGGUGGAGCCGGCAUGAAGAUGGAACCCAAGAUGGAGACGGAGGAAGACUCGUCGUCCAGCAGUCUAUCGGUGAAGAAGGAGGAGCCAGCGGAGGGUGGAGGAGGUGCAGGCAAGAAGGAGGCCAAGCAGGAGCCUAUGGAGGUGGAGGAGAAGAAGCCCGUCGUCAAAGCGGAGAUCAAGGCCGAACCCAAAGAGGAGGCUGGAGAGGAGGCAGGGGCCAACGGCACGGUCACUUCCUCGUCCUCGUCGCCCACCCAGUCGCGCAGGAAGAUCUUUAAGCCGGAGGAGUUGCGUCAGGCUCUGAUGCCCACGCUGGAGUCCCUCUACAGGCAGGACCCGGAGUCGCUACCCUUCCGACAGCCUGUGGACCCCAUGCUGCUCGGCAUCCCUGACUACUUUGACAUCGUGAAGAACCCGAUCGACCUGUCGACCAUCAAGCGGAAGCUGGACACGGGCCAGUACCAGGAGCCCUGGCAGUACGUGGACGACGUCUGGCUGAUGUUCAACAACGCCUGGCUCUACAACCGCAAGACGUCGCGCGUCUACAAGUACUGCUCCAAGCUGGCCGAGGUCUUCGAGUCGGAGAUCGACCCGGUCAUGCAAGGGCUGGGCUACUGCUGCGGGAGAAAGUACGAGUUCUCUCCGCAAACGCUGUGCUGCUACGGCAAACAGCUAUGCACCAUAUCUCGUGAUGGAACCUACUACAGCUACCAAAACAGGUAUCAUUUCUGUGAAAAGUGCUUUAACGAGAUCCAAGGGGACAGCGUAACACUUGGAGACGACCCAGCACAGCCACAGACGAUGAUUUCUAAAGACCAGUUUGAAAGAAAGAAGAAUGAUACACUAGACCCUGAGCCGUUCAUUGAAUGUAAAGACUGCGGUCGCAAGAUGCACCAGAUCUGUGUUCUUCAUUACGAUGUCAUCUGGCCAGCCGGCUUCAUCUGUGACAACUGCUUGAAGAAGAGUGCGAAAACAAGGAAGGAAAACAAGUUUUCUGCCAAACGAUUGCAGUCGACACGGUUGGGCACAUACAUUGAGGACCGGGUGAACAAGUACUUGAAGAGGCAGGGCCACCCGGAGGCUGGCGAGGUGUUUGUGCGAGUGGUGGCCAGCUCCGACAAGACGGUGGAGAUAAAGCCUGGCAUGAAGUCCAGGUUUGUAGAUACGGGCGAGAUGCCAGAGAGCUUCCCAUACCGAACCAAAGCACUUUUUGCCUUCGAGGAGAUUGAUGGUACGGACGUGUGCUUCUUUGGCAUGCACGUGCAGGAGUACGGCUCGGAGUGCACCUUCCCCAACACCAGACGGGUGUACAUAUCAUACCUCGACAGUAUUCACUUCUUCAAACCUCGGCUGUUGCGGACAGCAGUCUACCACGAAAUCCUAAUAGGUUACCUGGAAUACGUCAAGAAACUCGGGUACGUGACGGCGCAUAUCUGGGCGUGCCCGCCCAGCGAGGGCGACGACUACAUCUUCCACUGUCACCCGGCCGACCAGAAGAUUCCCAAGCCCAAGCGGCUGCAGGAGUGGUACCGCAAGAUGCUUGAUAAGGCCUUCGCCGAGCGCAUCAUCCACGACUACAAGGACAUCUUCAAGCAGGCCACGGAGGACCGCCUGAGCAGCGCCAACGAGUUGCCGUACUUCGAGGGCGACUUCUGGCCCAACGUGCUGGAGGAGAGCAUCAAGGAGCUGGAGCAGGAGGAGGAGGAGCGCAAGAAGGAGGAGAACACGGCCGUCUGCGAGACCCCGGAGGGCACGCCUGGGGACAGCAAAAACGCCAAGAAGAAGAACAAUAAGAAGACCAAUAAAAACAAGAGCAGCAUCAGCCGAGCCAAUAAGAAGAAGCCUGGGAUGCCGAAUGUAGCCAAUGACCUGUCCCAGAAGCUUUACGCCACCCUGGAGAAGCACAAGGAGGUGUUCUUCGUGAUCCACCUGCACUCAGGGCCCAUGGUGAACACGCUGCCGCCCAUCAUGGACCCCGACCCGCUGCUGACGUGCGACCUGAUGGACGGCCGCGACGCCUUCCUGACGUUGGCGCGCGACAAGCACUGGGAGUUCAGCUCGCUGCGGCGCUGCAAGUGGAGCUCCAUGUGCAUGCUGGUGGAGCUGCACAACCAGGGCCAGGACCGCUUCGUCUACACCUGCAACGAGUGCAAGCACCACGUCGAGACGCGCUGGCACUGCAAAGUCUGCGAGGACUACGACCUGUGCAUCAACUGCUACAACACUAAGGGCCACGAGCACCAGAUGGUCAAGUGGGGCCUGGGCCUGGACGACGACAGCAACAGCGGCGGCGGCGCCGACUCCAAGAGCCCGCAGGAGAGCCGGCGCCUGAGCAUCCAGCGCUGCAUCCAGUCGCUGGUGCACGCCUGCCAGUGCCGCAACGCCAACUGCUCGCUGCCCUCGUGCCAGAAGAUGAAGCGCGUGGUGCAGCACACCAAGGGCUGCAAGCGCAAGACCAACGGCGGCUGCCCCGUCUGCAAGCAGCUGAUCGCCCUGUGCUGCUACCACGCCAAGCACUGCCAGGAGAACAAGUGCCCCGUGCCCUUCUGCCUCAACAUCAAGCACAAGCUGCGCCAGCAGCAGCUCCAGCACCGGCUGCAGCAGGCGCAGAUGAUGCGCCGGCGCAUGGCCACCAUGCAGGGCCGCAUGACGCAGCCGCUGCCCUCGCCGCCCACCUCGGGCGUCGCCGCCGCCGGCGCCACCGCCACGCCGGGAGGAGGAGGAGCGCCGGGCGCCGCCGGCAUGCACACGCCUCCCCACCCGCAGACCCAGACCCCGCAAACGCCCCAACAACAGCAGCAGCAGCAGCAGCAGAUGCCCAACCAGCCCGGCGCCAUCGGCGGCGCUCCCGGAACAGUCAUGUCCUCCCCCGCCUACCCUGGCGCCCAGCAGCAGCAGCCUCGCAACGGCGCGCCGCAACCGUCCCCCGCCGCCUCCCAGGGUAAAGGCCCGGGGCCCCAGGCCUCGCCGCUGCACCAGCAGCAGUCGCCCAUCCCCCAGCCUGCCCAGCAGCAGCUAACGCCACAGCAACAGCUCCAAACCCUCCAGCAGCAGCAGCAGCCUCAGCAACAGCAACCGCAGCAGCCCCCUCCGCAGGCGGCCGUGGAGAUGGCGCGCCACAUCGAGAUGAUCGCCCAGGCCACUCAGCAGCAGCAGCAGCAGCAGCAGCAGCAGAACAACCCAGCCUUCCGCAUGAACAUCAAUAUGAACGGCCUGCCCAUGAACCACCAGCGCCCGCCACUGCCGCAGCAACAGCAGCAGCGCAUGCCAGGCCCCGGGAUGCAGCCACCCGGCCUGCAGAUGCCCCAGCGGCCUCCGCAAGUCCAGUGGGGCAACCCCGCCAUGCAAGCCGCCCAGCAGCAGCAGCAGCAGCAGCAGCAGCCGGGUGUGACGUUGGCCCCCCAGCAAGCGCCGCAGCCGGGCAUGCCCAUGCAGCGGCCCGCCAUGCCCCAGCAAGCAGCCCGCAUGCUGGGGCCCCAGCAGCAGCAGCAGCCCCAGGUGCAGGUGCAGGUGCAGGUGCGGCCGCAGGUGCCCGGCCAGCCGCCCCAGCAGCGGCCCGGCGCCAUCGCCCCCAACGCCCUGCAGGACCUGCUGCGCACCCUCAAGUCGCCCAGCUCGCCGCAGCAGCAGCAGCAGGUGCUCAACAUCCUCAAGUCCAACCCGCAGCUCAUGGCGGCCUUCAUCAAGCAGCGGACGCUCAAGUACAACGCCAGCCAGCAGCAGCAGGCGGCGCAACAACAACAACAACAGGGCAUGCACGGCGGCGCGCAGCCGGCAGCGGCCAUGCAGGCGAUGCAGGCAGCUAUGCAGCAGCAGCAGCAGCAGGCAGGGGUGGCGGUGCAGAGGCCCCCGGGUAUGGCUCCCCAGCAGCAGCAGCCCGGCCAGCCGCAAGCGGCGGGCAUGGCGGCGGCGCUGGGCGCCCUGGGCCAGAUGAUGAACGCCGCCAACCCGCAGCUGCAGGAGAUGUACCGGCGGCAGCUGCUACGGCAACAGCAGGUGGCGGCAGCGGCGGCGGCGCAGCAGCAGCAGCAGGGGGUGAUGACUCCGCAGCAGGCCCACGGACAGUUCCCGCCUCAAGCCCAGGCCUCGCCAGCCACCUACUCGCAGCUCCGCAUGCAGCAGCAGCAACAGCAGCAGCAGCAGCAGCUGGCUAUGCAGCAGGCUGGAGUCGGGGUCGGGGUCGGUGCGGCGGCGGUGCCCAUGGGUCAGCUGGCCCCCAUGGCCCAGAUGGGGCAGCCGGGCAUGGCCAUGGACAGCCCCCAGAACAUCCUCCACCAGCGGCUGCUCCAGCAGCAGCAGCAGCAGCAACAACAGCAGCCGGUGCAGCAGCAGCAGCAGGCAGGCCUGAUGAAGGCCCCGAUGGGUUCGCCGGCGGGGCCCCAGCCCAGCCCCAUGAGCCCCCAGGCGGCCGCACACCUCCUGGCAGGACAGCCGGGCCUGGCCAACGCCCUGGGCGGACAGGUACGCUCGCCCGCGCCCGUUCAGUCGCCGCGGCCGCCCUCGCAACAAGGCCCCAUGCCGCCACAUUCCAGCCCGUCGCCGGCCCAGAUGCAGCAGCCGAUGCCGUCGCCCCAGCAGCAGCAUAACGCGGGGCCGCACUCCGGGUCACCCCAUCCGGGGCUGGCGGCGCCCAUGGCGGGGGGCGGUGGGGGGCUGGAGGCGCAGGGACACAUGGGCGCCGCGGAACAGAGCGCCAUGCUGCCACAGCUCAACACGCCCAAUCGGAACGCUCUGACCAGUGACUUGGGCAUGGUGGGGGACACCACGGGAGACACGCUGGAGAAGUUUGUCGAGGGCUUGUAGCGCAAUUUUUUUUUUUUUUUGGGAGAGAAUUCGUUUUUUUGUUUGUUUUUGAUCCUUUCAAGAACUUGCGGAAAAGAAGAAACCCACCCACUUCAGUCUCCCCUCCUCUUUUUUUAUUGAAGGGGUGGUGGAUGCUUUUUUUUUUCUUCUUCUUCUUCUUUCCCUUGGACAAGCUCUUUUCUUUUUUGUACUGACAUGUAAAAAGUUUCAAGAAAUGUAUGGAGUGAGAAAAAAAGAUGAAAAAAAAAUAAAAAAAGGAACAGUGCUUGGGAAAUGUUGAUGUGUUUCCUAUUAUAAAAAAUACAAGAGAAUGAUAUUUCCUAUAUGUCAAGGGAUUUGAAAAAAAUGCUGUUUAAAUGAAAAUUUAAAAAUGACAAAGAAUAUAUAUUUUGGUUUUGACCAUAUUCUUGGUCAGGUAUGUUUUGUUUUAAAUUUUAUUUUAUUUUUCAUUUCAGUUUCUUUUUAAUGGUAUGUUUUUCAUGCCUUUUUGGUUUCUUUUUUUAAGAAAAUUUACAAAAAGUCAUUAUCGUAUUCAUACUUUUUAUUUUGUACCUUUUUGAAAUACUUCUAUGUUUUGUUUUUUUUCGUUUGUCAAUUUUGUCAAUGAGAGACUGUAAAAUAAUUGGUCGGGGGAAAUUUUGGGCCAGGUUUUCCUCUGCUUUCUGCUCUCCUCAUGCCUGGCGAUUGUAUUCUCGUGUUGUACUAUUUUUACAGACAUUUGCGUUUUCUGUUUAUUAUUUUGUUGUGUUUUUCUGGGGAGUGGAGUCUUCCUCUCCCACAGUUGUGAAGUCAGUGUGAGGAGAACUGUGUUGUUUGUAAAACCAAUAGGAACUGGGCAUACACCAGAGCAUGUAUGCAAAAACACACACACCUAAACACACACACACACACACACACACCUAAACAGACAGACCUACCUGUACACAUUCAUGUGGAUUCAAAACAAGAAAAUAAACAGUCCAAACCUUGAAGAGGAUGUUAAAAAAAAAGAUGAAGCAUCUCAUGUCUGGUUUUCCCCAAAACAACAGAAUUUUUCUGUCCUGUGGGUGUAGAAAGCUGUUGCAUUGUCAUAUAAGGUUUUUUUUGUAAACAUUUUUGUCAUACAGUUUAUGAGGGAAAAAACUGUGGCGAGUAUGGGUCCUAUCGCUGAGUGAGGGGGGGGACAGGAAGGAGGCAGUCAUUGGUUGAGAGUUCAAAGUCUGGGAGGGAAAAACAAUGUCAUCUGCCAUCGACCCUCAUUCCUCUCUUCUCACAUACACAAAUACACACACAAAACUUGAACUGGGGGGCUCUACCUUUUUUUCCUCUUAAUGUAAAUCAUGCAAGUUAUUACGCAAAAUACUAUAAAUAUAAGGAAGAGAGAACGAAAUCACUGUAUAAACUGGUUAAAAACUCAUUUCUUACUUAUAUACCAUAUUGUUAAAUAAACUGUGUGCAACAGAAAAAGAAA